UCAGUCCCCAACAUUUUUUAUGGGACAGAUACCAGCAGGCAGCAGUUGCAGUUCCUCACCAAAACGCCAUCCCCAUCCUCCCUGCCAUCCUCCCUGCCGUGAGUGCCUUCUUGCGUCGAGUUUGAGCAAAGUUGAAUACAGUAUCUGCUGUGUUUUUUAGGACAAGUUGAUACUGUGGAGGAGAUGAAGAGGUUACUUGUUCGUGGGCUGUUUUCUUCUCCAUCCAGGGGUUUGUUGGGCAAAUCUCCUGUCAGGCCUGCACUUUGCAACGAUGCUCUUCUCUCCAGGUUCCUCUCAACGGGGAAAGAUGAGAACACAGUGACCGAAAUCGGAGAGAAGGCAAGAUCAACAGCGGAACAAUUCCUCAAGGUGGCCAAGGAGAAGACUGACGAGGUAAGCGAGAAAACAAAGGAAACGAUGCACGAAACAAAGGAAGCAGUGGUCGGGGAGUCAGAUGACGAGAAGGAGAAGUUCAAGCAGAGGGUUGAGGAGGGGAGGUACCAUCAGAAUUAAGUGGCUAGUGCUCAAUUAUACUCCAUCUUGUAGCUUCAGACUUCAGUGAUGGCCUCUGUCAAAAGUCCUAGAACCUGCAGAUUGUCCAGUACUACUAGGCUUGGCAUGUACUAGGUAGUAUAUGUUGUUUGUUUCCUCCUGUUCAAUGAUCUGUUGUAGAAUGAAUAAGGUCAACUUUGAACUUCAUAGUGAACUUUUGAUGCCACUACUUGUCAUUUUCGCAGAAUAAAUAAGAUGAACCUUUGUGAAGCUA